AUGACUCAGUCAAAUAGCAAACUAGAAUACGUAAAUAACUUAGAACGAAAGGGAAGAAGAGAAGGACGUAGAAUAGGGGUGGAUGAGAAUAGGAAGAAGUUCUUUAUUACGUUUCCAUAUCCAUAUAUGAAUGGUAAGCUUCAUUUAGGCCACUUGUAUUCAAUAUCUAAGUCAGACUUCUUUAGCUACUACAUGGAGCAGAAGGGAUAUAAUGUUCUAUUUCCAUUUGGAUUCCAUUGUACUGGAAUGCCUAUUUCAGCAUCAGCACAGAAGUUGAGACAGGAAUUAGCAGGUGAGAAAGUUGAUGUUUCUGUUAUGGAAAUAUUGAGGUCUCUUGGAUUUGAGAUGACACAUCCAAUUGGAGAGAAAUGUGAUAGAAAUAUGUGUAUUUGUAGAUUCGCUGAUCCAUAUCACUGGUGUAGGACAUUCCCAGAAUAUUGUAAGAAAUCAUUAAUUGAGUUUGAUGCAAAUAUAGAUUGGAGUAGGUCAUUUAUCACUACAGAAAUUGAUCAAUAUUACGAUUCAUUUGUGAGGUAUCAAUUCAGGAAGUUGGAAUCGAAGAAAUACAUCAGUUUUGGUAAGAGAUAUUCCAUAUAUUGCCCAGUUGAUAAACAAAUAUGCUUGGAUCAUGAUAGGAGGAAAGGAGAGGGUAUUAAACCAAUUCCAGUAGUUCUGAAGAAAGUUGGAAUGAAUAUUCUGGUAGAAGCAACCAGUUUAUCAACAACUGAUGAGAUUAUCACGUCUGAGGUGAUUGAAUGGGUUGAAUUUGGAAUUGGAAUUGGAUCAGAGAAAUAUGUAGCUGAAAGACUCAUUUAUGAGAAUCUAAAGAAUCAGAUUGAAGAUGUUAAUGAAUGCACUGAGGUAGAUUUGUGUAGGAUUCAUAACAAGGUGACAAAAAUAUCAGGUGAAAAAGUGUUGAAAAGAAGUUACUUAAAAAGCAAGGGUGAAACAAUAAGUGAUGUGGAUAAAGAGAAGUUUGAGAGAAUCAAGACGGGUAGUAGUAGAGUAGAAAGUGAUUAUUUGGUAUGUUAUGUUCCAGAAGANGAGGUGAUUGAAUGGGUUGAAUUUGGAAUUGGAAUUGGAUCAGAGAAAUAUGUAGCUGAAAGACUCAUUUAUGAGAAUCUAAAGAAUCAGAUUGAAGAUGUUAAUGAAUGCACUGAGGUAGAUUUGUGUAGGAUUCAUAACAAGGUGACAAAAAUAUCAGGUGAAAAAGUGUUGAAAAGAAGUUACUUAAAAAGCAAGGGUGAAACAAUAAGUGAUGUGGAUAAAGAGAAGUUUGAGAGAAUCAAGACGGGUAGUAGUAGAGUAGAAAGUGAUUAUUUGGUAUGUUAUGUUCCAGAAGACCAGGUUAUUUCUAGAUCAGGUGGAAUAUGCACAGUUGCAUUAUUAGAUCAGUGGUUUUUGGAUUAUGGGAAUGAAGAGUGGAAGAAGAGAACCAGGGAAUGUCUUGGAGAACUGAAAUGCUCUGAAGACACCAGUGCCAAAUUGUAUGGAGCAUUAGAUUGGAUUCAAAAGUGGGGAUUCAGUAGGUCAUUUGGAUUGGGAACUAGAUUCCAUAAGGAUGAAAGUGUGCUAAUUGAUUCAUUAAGCGAUUCAACCAUUUAUAUGGCAUUCUACACGGUGAAGCAUCUACUAUUUGGUGAUCUAGAGGGCAAUGAUGAAAUCUACUGCAAGAAGUAUCUGUGUAACGAACUAUGGGAAUUUGUGUUUGGUGAAAUUGAUCAGGAGAAAUUGAGAAAGAAGUUGGAUGAAUUUGGAGAAGAAGGAGAAAAACAUGUAGAAAUUGCAGUAGAAGCAAGAAGUAGUUUCAGAUACUUCUAUCCAGUUGAUUUGAGAGUAUCUGGAAAAGAUCUGAUCAAUAAUCACCUGAUAUUCUUCCUAAUGAAUCACGUAGCCUGUUUUGAUAGGGAAUAUUGGCCACGACGUAUAUUCACAAAUGGGUAUUUAUUGCUGAACAAUUCCAAAAUGAGCAAAUCAGAAGGGAAUUUCCUGACUGUUGAAAAUGCUCUAAAGAAGUUUGGACCAUCUGCAACUCGAAUGUGUCUGGCUGCGUGUGGUGACACGAAUGAGGAUGCCAACUUCGUAGAGAGUGUUGCUAACUCAUUUGUGCUCAAAUUGUACACUUUGGCUCAGAAUGUGUUGAAUGUCCCUAAAACUGGAUCAGUUGAAACCAGGUUGAUUGAUGCGUAUUUAGUUGAAAGUGUUAAUGAAAAUGAGAAGAGAACAAAUGAGGCGUAUGAGAAUAUGAUUUAUAGGGAUGCAUUGAAGUAUGGUUUCUAUAACAUGAAUGCUAUGAUUGAGACGUAUGAGACCAUGGGUGGAAUGAACUAUAAGAUGAAAGAAUGGGCGUAUUAUAGGAUGAUGAGGAUGUUAUAUCCAAUAAUACCAAGUUAUACAAGAUACUUGAUGGAGAAAAUUGGACAGAAGAUUGAUAUGGGUGAGAAAAGUGAUAUAGGUAAUAUUGAUGGAAUUGAAUAUGUUAAGGAAGUGGUGAGACGAAUUAAUAUGGUAAGAAAGAAAGAUAAGGUGGUGAUUAAGGUAGCAAAGAAAUACAGUGAUUGGAAGGAGGAUUGUAUGAAGAGAAUAAAGGAGAUGAAGGAGAGUGGGAAGAACAAUGAUGAGAUAAAGAAGAAUAUUCUGGAAGAGAGUAGGAAUUACAGUAACAGCAAAAUGAGAAUUGGAUUCAGUAUGGAUUAUUUGAUGAAUAUGAAGAAGUAUCAGGUAACAUUUGAUGAAGUGGAGUACUUGAAUGAAUUCAAAGGAUUCAUUGAGAAGGAGACUAAGAAAGAUAUUCAGAUUGAAGUGGUUGAAAUGGAUGAGAAAGCAUAUCCAAUGGUGCCAUACAUCUAUUACUGA